UCGUGAAGGUUAGGCGGUCCUCCACUCGUUCCGAAGGAACAUCGGGUUUUUUAAUUUUUAAUAGCUGGAUGUUUUUGUUAUCUCUAGAAAAAAACAUGACAACAAGAAGGCAAGUUGGGUGGCCAAGAUUACUUCUUGUACUCACAGUGGUUCCCUGCUGCUGGAGUUUGCAGGUUUCUAUCCAAAAUAAGCUUUAUAAAGUUGCAAAAGGAAAUGAGAUCACAUUGACCUGUGAUUUUAACCCAGCUGUUCCUAUUGGAAACAACUUUAUCCUCACAUGGGAAGCCUACCCUGACGUCAGUGGGGAUCCACUGAAAACUGUGGCUACCUACUUCCUCAACAACCCCGUUGAUAUUUCACCUACUUAUGAAGGCAGGGUGUUCAUGGAAGUUAACAUGGAAAUUAAAUCAAGCACACUCCAAUUUACAGAGGUGACCAUACAGGACAGCCGAAACUACCAGUGCAGUGUCAAAAUACCUGGAGAUGAUGAAGGACAAACAGCCGACACUACUAACCUUUUGGUGCUGGUGCCUCCAUCUCCACCAGUCUGUACACUUCAAGGAAAAGCAGAGUAUUUUCACGACAUCACACUCACCUGCAAGUCUGAGGAGGGGUCCCCACUACCAGUACAUCAGUGGACAAGUUACAGCAUUGAGAACAUUCAAAGACAGUUUCCACCAAAGACAACUCAAGAGGAUGGAGUUUUAUCUCUCUUCAAUAUCUCAAGAGAGACAUCGGGGUACUUCAUCUGCAAAUCAGAAAAUGAGAUUGGGUCUAAAAGUUGCAACUUUUCCUUAGCUGUGAUGCCAAGCAGCAUGAACAUGGGCUCAACAGCAGGUAUAAUUGGAGGGGUUAUUGCAGGUCUACUGGUUCUGGGGAUCGUGAUAUUUUUUUGCUGCCGGAGGAAGGGCAAAAAGGAGUAUUAUGCUGAAGAUGCCCAGGCGGAAAUGGAGUUUCAAGACAGAGAUGAUGCUGAAGGUGGAAAAAAAUACUUGGAUGAUGUAUCAAACAGCGAGAAUAAACAGGACAACCAGAAUGAAGACAAAAACGUUGUUCCUAAGAGCAUUUACGGCUUAGCUGGAGCAGGACUAAAGAUUGAUGAUGACCAGUAUAGUUAUAAAAGUAGUAAAGAGAGAGAUGACGCAAAGGGUAGCCGUGAUCGUCUCGCUGAUCAUCCUAAAUGUUAUGGGAGUCGUGACCAUCUCGACGAUCAUCGUCGACCCACUGGCAGUCGUGAUCGUCUCGACGAUGAUCAUGAACGCUAUGGCAGUCGUGAUCGCCUCGAUCAUCGUGAACCCACUGGCAGUCGCGAUCGCCUCGACAAUCGCGAACGCAAUGGUAGUCGCGAUCACCUCAACGACCAUCGUGAACGUUACGGCAGUCGCGAUCGCCUCGAUGAUAAUCGUGACCGAUAUGGUAGUCGCGAUCAUCUCGACAAUCAUCGUGACCGAUAUGGUAGUCGUGAUCGCCUUGAAGAUCAUCGUGACGGAUACGGUAGUCGCGAUCGCCUAGACGAUCAUCGUGACCGAUACGGUAGUCGGGAUCGCCUUGACGAUCAUCGUGACCGAUACGGUAGUCGCGAUCGCCUCGACGAUCAUCGUGAACGACACGGUAGUCGCGAUCGCCUCGAUUACAGUUGA